GCUCAUCCUCCAUUGGAAAAAGUCAACAGGGUCAACGAUCGACCUCGCGCUCGAAGCCAAGUCAACGAGCGGCGCGGCGGGCGGGUGGUUCUCGGUGGCGUGGAGCAACGGCGGCAUGUUCAACUCCGACGCCGUCAUCGGGAACCUCGCGACGGCCAGCGGCGUGGGCACGUACGCGAUAUCGAGCUACUCGAAUGUGGCACCAACAACGCGCUUCGCUAUCAGCGGCACGAGCGUUACCACGUCGGGAGGAAAAACGAUUGUGAAGUUCACGCGCGCGUCGGGGAACGGCCUUGUACCGGUGAAGGUGGCGGGGAGCAACAAGCUCGUGUGGGCUUACUCGGAGUCUGGCAGCUCAAAGACAGUCGCCAACCAUGGCGGCUCGCAUAGAGGAGCCAAGACCGUUGAUUUCUCUUGCGACGGCACAGCCUCUGGGUCAGGCUCCGGGUCAGGCUCGGGAUCAGGCUCGGGCACCGGAGCAGGCACGUGCACUGGAAACACGGGCGUGAGUGGCACCGCAUGCCCUGCGUCCACCCUCUGCGGCUACUCCUACCAGGCGCAGAUUAAACCCGGUGUGCUGCUGCACUGGAAGCGCGCGUCCGCCACGCAGCUGGAUAUGGCCGUGGAGCUCAAGAGCAGCAGCGGCGCCAGCAACGGCUGGUUCUCCCUCGGCUGGGCCUCCGGAGGAGGCAUGGCUCCCGCCGAUGCUAUCAUUGGCAACAGGGACGGGGGACUCGUCAGCCCAUACUACAUCGACGGCUACACCAUGUCCUCGUUAAAAGGCGGCGCGUUUGACAUUGGCAGCAGCGCUGGGACCGUGACAUCUGCUACAGGUUCCACAGUGAUCCAGUUCUCGCGCACGGCCGACACGGGGUCUAUUCCCGUGAAGAUGAGCGGCGUACAUCGGAUCAUAUGGGCGCACUCACCCACCAACUCCAAGACCCUUGCCUUCCACUUCACUUCUGCUGGUCAUAUCUCGGUGGACUUUUCCUGUGCCACUGCACCAUCUACAGAGACUGGUCUAAAAGCAGUGGGGCCUUUGACCUCCUCAUUUUCCAUGGCCCCAGCCCGAGCUCUGCGAGCGCAAGAACCGGCGCGCAGCGCGCUCAUCACGAUGCGCCUUUACAUCACGUUCCUCCUCGCCGCCGCGGUCCUUGCUGGCGCCGCCGCCGCCCCGGGCGAUCAGUCAACGGCGUCCGCCCGAAAUUCCCAAGGUCUCGCCAGCAGAAUCCACUCGUGGCGCAUGACAACCUUGCGCAAGCUUCUUCACAGCAGCGCUGCAGCCGCUACCGCCGGCGACGGCGCAGCCGUAGCGGCGAAACCAUUGGCGACAACUGCUGCCACGGGCACGUGUCAGGCGUCGACUCUCGCGGGUUACACGAGCUCCGUGGACCUUUCAGGCAACGGGCUCAUCCUGCAUUGGAAAAAGUCAACGGGGUCAACGAUCGACCUCGCGCUCGAGGCCACGUCAACUAGCGGCGCGGCGAGCGGGUGGAUUGCGGUGGCGUGGAGCAACGGCGGCAUGUUCAACUCCGACGCCGUCAUCGGGAACCUCGCGACGGCCAGCGGCGUGGGCACGUACGCGAUAUCGAGCUACUCGAAUGUGGCUCCCACGACGCGCUUCGCCAUCAGCGGCACGAGCGUCACUUCGUCAUCGGGCGCAAGCACGAUUGUGAAGUUCACGCGCGCGUCGGGAAAAGGUCUCGUGCCGGUGAACGUGGCGGGAAGCAACAAGCUCGUUUGGGCGUACUCGAUGAGCGGCUCGAAGGCUAUCGCCAGCCAUGGCAGCACGCACAGAGGAGCCAGCACUGUUGAUUUCUCUUGCGACGGCACAGGUGGUUCGGGCUUGUUUCUCAUCCCCCUCCCUCGUUCAUCCCUCCCUCUCCUCUGUUCCGUUUGGCAGAUUGCUGCUACACUGGAAGCGCGCGUCCGCCACGCAGCUUGUUCUCAUUCCCCUCCCAUUCCUCUCUCCCCCUUCUCUCCCCCUCCUCCUUCCAUUCUCAGGGUGCUGCUGCACUGGAAGCGCGCGUCCGCCACGCAGCUGGACAUGGCCGUGGAGCUCAAGAGCAGCAGCGGCGCCAGCAACGGCUGGUUCGGCCUCGGCUGGUCCAACAGCGGCGAUAUGUCUCCGUCCGACGCAGUCAUUGGCAACAAGGCCGGGGGACUUGUCAGCGCGUACCACAUCACCGGACAGAGCAUGUCCUCGUUACAAGGCGCCUCGUUUGACAUUGGCGCCAAUGCUGGCACCGUGACAUCAGCUUCAGGAUCUACAGUGAUCCAGUUCUCGCGCACGGCCAACACAGGGGCUAUUCCCGUGAAGAUGAGCGGUCUCAAGACGCUCAUAUGGGCGCACUCCAACACCAACUCUCAAACCCUUGACUUCCACGGCGACAAUGUAGGUGGGAUGAAAGUGGACUUCUCCUGUGCCAAAGCCCCAUCUGCUCGCAAUGGGGAAGGUAGCGAUGGCGGUGGUGGCUUUACAGGGCCUGCGGCCAUGGCUCGCCACGCGAUGGGCGCCUUACCUCUUCUUCUAUUGGCCUCCACGCUACUCUCCGCGGCGCACGCUGCGGAAAUGAGACCUCGCGACGGCCUCGCCGGCCCCGGAGGAUCCAACAAUCAGUUCAUUGGCAAUCACGAACCUGUCACUCCCGUCGCUGUCAUCACACCCCGCCCCAACGACCCCGAGCCUGUGACUCAGAUUCCUGAGCCUGUUACUUCGGCGAGCGACCCGGUCACCACUCCAAACCCGGCGUCGGCCCCUCAAGACGUCUUCACUGACGAUCCUUUCAGAACGUCUGCCCCGUCGCACUCAAACGCGGGUCCGUCGUUCGACCCCAACGACCCUCUGGGCGGCAGGGACCCCCUCGCGGGCGACGACUCCAAGACCGGUGUUCAGCAGACAAGCGCGGCGGACUCUAGCGCGUAUGCUGGGACUGUGCAACCCAACCAGGUCAACUCUGGGAUCCCGAUUACUCCCAAUAUUCCGGACAACAACACGACCCCGAUUUCUCCCGAUACUCCUGACAACGGCACGACCCCGAAUUUUCCCGAUACCCCAGACAAUGGCACGACCCCGAACUUUCCUGAUACUCCAGACAACGUCACUGACACUGGCGUCGCGCAGAAUUCCACCUGCGACCCGUCCGACUUGGACGGUUACACGUCGUCGUAUCAAAUCACCAAGUACGGCCACGUGCUGCACUGGGCCGUCGUCUCCCCAACGGUCGUCAAAUUCGCGUUCGAGGCGAAGCACGGCAGCGGCGCGGCGGCGGGAUGGAUUUCUGUGGGGUUCUCCAAGGACGGCAAGAUGAAGAAGGCUGACGCAAUCAUCGGCAACCUUCCCGACGCGCCCAUCGCAGCCUACUCGAUGAAGGGAUACGACGCGGAUUCUAUCAAACUCAACAAGGACCUGUGGAUCGGCGACGACGCGAGCCUUCUGUCCAAGACCAACGGCAGCCUCAUCAUGAAGUUUCAGAGGAACACCACGGACGGCGUUGCGCCCAUCUCCAUGACCGCGCCCGUCACCGUCAUCUGGGCCUUCUCCGCCGACAACACCCAGCCUCUCGCCUUCCACGGCGACAAGAGACGUGGCUCUUUCCAGGUUAACUUUUCGUGCAAUGGCGCUGGCGACGUGGCGGCGCAACAGACGAUGCCGUCGCCAGUGCCGGUUCCAGCUGACGGCGCGAACGUGACGGAGGGGUCGUCAUGCACCCAGUCGACGCUCAGCGAGUUCGACCACCAAGCAGAUCUCUACAACGGAAAGAUUCUGCUGCACUGGAAGGUUCUGAGCGGCCCCGUGUUCCAGAUGGCUUUCGAGGCGAAGCACCUAAGCGGCGCGGAGAACAGCUGGAUCUCGGUUGGCUGGUCGAACAACGGGGCCAUGGCGCCUGCCGACGCCGUUGUUGGUAACAUGCCCGGGAUCAAGGCGUACCGACUUGACGGUUACAAGAUCGCGGAGCUCGUCAACGACACGUUUUCGCUCGGGCCGAACCCGUCGGUCACCACCUCGGCUACUGGAUCCACAGUUGUGAAGUUCUCCCGCAGCAACGGGGAUGGCGGCACGGUUCCGAUCAACCUGAGCGGCGAGACGUACGUCAUCUGGGCCUUCUCCCGCGGCAUGCUCGAUGCGUUCGGCUACCACGAGUACAACAGGGGUCUCGCCACAGUUGAUUUCCUCUGCAACAAAGCCCCAACGACCCUGAUGGGACCUGGCGACAAUGUGGCGACCAUCCCGGGUGCUAACGUGGACAAAGAUCCUUACGCGGGCCUGACCCCUGCUGAGCGGGAGGCCAAGGAGGCCCGCAGGGAGCGCCGCACAGCGCGCCGAGCCAAUCGCGGGGCGAUUUUCCGUUCAUGGGCUAAUGCUGCGUUUGGCCUCCCCAGCCCUGUCCCAUCGUACAACCCAUCAUCGCCGUUACCCUAA